CUAUCGGGUUAGAUCCAACCGACUCCGAGACUUGUUUCUCAGUCGGUUGACCCGCGAACGUAUUCUCUUCAGUCUCGCUCUCUUUCCCUGGUUACUAAAGUUUGACGUCUAGGGUUUAUUUGCCACUCUUCUCUCUCCCUAAUCGAGGUUUAGGGUUUAUCUUUUCUUCCCUUUUCUUUUUUUCUUUUAAAGCAUUUUUUGUUUUGCACCAUUUGGUUUAGAACAUGUGAGGCGCCAUUCUCAGAAUAUUAAAUUUAACACAGCAAUGGCGGCGGAUGUUCCAGACGCUCCAGAGGAGGAUGUCCAAGUCUCACCCUGCUGUCAAGUGUGGAAAAACAAAUAUUCAAAGGCAGAAAAGGGGCGAAUUUGUCUAAAGCAGGCAGUACGUCUAUUGGAAAAAGGAUGUGAUGAUAUUCAAGCCCAGAAUCUGACUCUCAAGAAAGCAUACGAGGAAGAACAAGCACGAGCAAAAGUGGAGAAAGAGGGCAGAGAAAAAGAAUCGGCUUUAAGAGUUUCGUUAGAGAAUGAGUUAUGUGCUCUAAAGUCUGAGAUAUCUAACUUAAAGCAAAAAGGAGUUUCUGAUGCUGAAGAUAAAACUGAUGAAAUGAAGCUUCUUAAAGCUAUAGUUUCUGACAGGGAGAAAGAAAUCAACUGGCUCAAGGAGCUUGUUGAGAACGAGAAGAAGAGGGCAGAUUUGGAAAAGAAGAAUGCUGCAGCAGAGAAGAGGAAAGCUGCUGAAGCAUCAAAAGAUGCAGAAACUGAGAAGGGUAAGGGUAGUGAAGAACGGAGGCUUGCUGAUAUUGAACGAAAGAAGGCUGAAGAUUAUAGGACACAAUUAGAGGCAUUAAGAAAAGAAGUUAAUGAAGCAAAAUCUAAGUUGGUUUCUGAGAAGUCAAAGUUUGAUAAGGCAACUAAGCAGCUACAAGAAGAGAAAAAGAAGACAGUUGAACAAAGAAAACGUGCUGAUUUGUAUAUGGCUAAAGCAGAGGAGCAAAGGAAGAUUGCAGAAGAAACUAUGAAGAAAGCGGCUGAAGCAAGAAAACGUGCUGAUUUGGAGAUGGCUCAAGCAGAGGAGCAAAGGAAGAUUGCAGAAGAAACUAAGAAGAAGGCUGUUGAAGCAAGAAAACAUGCAGAUAUGGAGAUGGCUAAAGUGGAGGAGAAAAGGAAGCUUGCAGAAGAAACUAAGAAGAAGGCUGUUGAAGAAAGAAAACAUGCAGAUAUGGAGAUAGCUAAAGCAGAGGAGCAAAGGAAGCUCGCAGAAGAAACUAAGAAGAAGGCUGUUGAAGAAAGAAAACGUGCUAAUUUGGAGGUGGCUAACGUAGGGGAGCAAAAGAAGAUUGCAGAAGCCACUAAGGAGGCUGUUGAAGAAAAGUUGCAUGCUGACAAUUUGUUCAAACAGCUGGAAGAGGCUAGAAGGAGGAACGGAGAACUAGAAAAGAAGCUACAUGAACUUUCUGGCUCAAGAAAUUUGGUGGAUGGUCCUUUUGACCAACCAGAUAGAAAAACAAGUGCUGAAGCUGCAACAAAAAAGACAGCAGAAUUAGAGGUUUUGAUGAAAGAUGCAGAUAAAUCAAAGGCAGUUUCCAAGUUGUUGCAUUCUGAGGAGGUUGAGAAAGAGAAGGCUAUCUUUGAGGGAAAACGAGCAGAUUUAGAGAUGAGGAAAGCGGAAAAGAAAAGAAAGCUUGUGGAAGAGAAUACUAAGAAGGCUAUAGAAGAAAAACUCCGUGCUGAUCAUCUAUUGAAGCAGUUGGAAGAUGCUAGGCUGAAGAUUGAUGAAUUGAAGAAGCAGAUGAAUGAACUCUCGUCCUCUAGAAAAACGGUUGAUGCUUUGGUUUUUUCAUCUGACAAAGGCAUUAGUGCUGAAGUAGCAAAAGUAAAGCUUUUGAAAAAACAACUGAAAUUUGAAAAACAACGAGUAAAGCAUGCCAAAGAUGUGGCUAAGUUGGAAAAGAGUCGUAGCAAUCUUUUGCAACAAAAAGUAGGUUGCAUGAAGCUUGAGUUAGUUCAGUUUAUAAACCGCUUUGAUGCACUGGAUAAAUGUUUCUCAACCCCUACCGAAGGUAUAGAUGACAUGGAAAAGGCUGGAGACUUCUCAAGUAUGCAAUGGUUGAAGGUAAAAGAAAAUUUACGGAGUUUAAAUUUCUGUCAAACAUGUCUUCAAACUGAAAAUCAACUUCUGAAGACUAUGUGCAUGGAUACAACUCCGUCCAAUCCUCUUGGGGAAACAUUUCAACAUGAUGCACAUUUGCUUCCUAUACAAGGAGGGAACUGUGCUGAAUCCAUCACAGGUAUUAAUUCUAAAUUGGAGUCUCUGCUUGGAGGCUCUAAUCGAAAAAUGUUACAGAGUUCUGCAAUAAAUUCCAGUACAGCAUCUUUUUCUGAUAGACAGUUGGUGGGCUCACAGGAAAGGGGUGCUUUUUCUGUUACCACAUCAGCAAAACUGGGGGAAGAGAUCUUAAAUGUAGAACAAACUGUUUCGGGUAUAUCUGGUGAAGUUACAAAAAAUAGGUGCAAUGAAAAUGUUGCUGUGGUUGCUGAAAAUAGUGUUAGAAGUCCUCUUCCUGUUGAUCCUCUAGGAAGAGUUAAUGGCUGUGGUAAGAAGAGAAAGAGGAUACUUAAUGCUGUCGAGUCUAUUGAACUUCUGUGCUUUGAGAGUAAAAAGUUGCAUCUGCAGCUGGAGGACAAGCUGUCUGCUUUGCAUGGCGUGGUAAGAGGACAAAUGGACAAACCCACAGAAGAAGCUAAACUUCUGAGAUCUAACCUGCAAGAUAUUGCAUAUGCUGUGCAUGAUAGGUCUCAUAAGAAGAGAAAAACAUCUCAUGAAAAGACAGUGGCUAUGCAGCAAUCUUGUGAUGGUCUGCAGUUGACACAGAUGCAAAAUAGCCUUGAACCUUUGGAAGAUGCAAAUGUAUUCAGACCAGCUUCUCAACCUGCCAAUAACUUGAUGAAUUCAACCAAGGUUUCUGGAGAGGCCAUAUGUGAUCCUCAUACAAUUGACCCUAAAAUUAUGGUUGGUUUUAAGGAAGUAGUGAACGGAAACUAUAUGAAAUUGCUGGACUUGGACGAUGCUGUGGAGGAGGAAUGCUAUAGGAUGGCAGCAGAUAUGCCUGUAUCCCCUACUCUUCCUGAGAUUGAAUUUCCAGGCGUUGAAACAUUUGAGGUGGAUCAAUUUACACAUACACAUGAUGAGAAUUGUGAAGGAUUUUCUCAUGAGGAUGAAAAUGUUGCAUCUUCUGACAGUUUUGAUGUUAUUAACAUGGAGAAAGGUUCUAAUAAGUUGCCAUGUAAUAGGGCGGACACUUCACUUAAAGUAUUGCAACAUGAAAAUGAGUGUUCUCAUGGUACCAUUGACAUUCCAAGGAGUAAUGAGAAUGGUAUUUGCAGUACUAUGCCAGCAGGAAGAGCCUGUUUAAGCCAUCCCCAGAACUCUGGAGUCUUUGAAAGAAUUCCAAAAUACUGUGUUGUGUUCUCUGACAUCAAGGAUGCUAGCAGUAUCUCUAGAAUUUUUUUCGCCACUAAAAGUUGUAUGGCUCAAUGCUCUUUGCCUGCUCAGACUGAGUUUGUCGUGCAUAGAAUUUUACAUGCUCUUAAGCUGGAAGAAAAUCUUUUAGCCAAGGAGAAGGUUUGUGUAUUUUUCUCGCUGGUUCUUCUCAACUUGUGUACAGCUACUUCAGGGAAGUGCUCUCUGAUCAGGGAUCUCAUCCCCUGCUUACAUUUGUUUGCUGAGCACAUAAAUGCAGUGAUGUCUGAUGCUGAGCCAAGAAGUGUAGUGGCUGAAUUAUGUUUGGAUGAACUGCUUAGUGUAAUUGAGGAUUUUCUUAUAGAGGGGAGAUUUUUGUUGUAUACUGAUUUGUCUUCUGAGUCUUCUAGUGAAUGUGAUUCAAGAAUUCAUGUCACUGUUGAUGGUUCGGAUGUAAUAUUGUUACAUGAAGCAGCUUCAGCUGACCUGUUGGUAGCAGGUAGCAUUAUAUUGGGUUCUAUAUGUGCAGCUGCUGACCGUACUGGCUUUAUGUGUGAGGCUGUUUAUAACAUUUUCCGGAUGCAUAGAUAUGACAUCUCGGUGGCUCUGCUUGUUCUUCAUGUGUUUGCUUAUGUGGGUGGUGAUAAAAUUUUCACCUCAAAAAAGUAUAGUUUGACAAUGACUGUGUUGAAAUCGAUAGUCGUGUUCCUUGAAAGAGAACAUGCACCGGUGGCUACAGUAACUCUUUCAUUGGUGGCUGAGGUUCAAGCUGAGUGCCAUGCAUGUGUUGGAUGCCCAUUUUCGAAGGAUGUGCUUUCUGUAGAUAUUGUUGUCUCGUUACUCUUUGAAAAGCUUCAGAAUUAUGUGCAGUCAGGAAUUAUGCAUCAAGAAGUGACAGCAAAUUUGUCAAAUUCAAAUGUCAUGUCCAUUCAGGAUAAAACUGAACAAAACUUGGGUUGUGUCGUUGAUAUGAAUUGUGAUGUAUCAUGCUGUUUAGACAAAUACAGCGUGCCUGGUAAACAGUCAGGAUCAUUUGUCGCUGGAACUUUGUGUCACAUUAGUGAUGUCUUAUCGUUGAUAGAGCUUCUUGCAUGCAAUAUGAGCUGGGUCUGGACAUGCGAGAAAAUCAUUGCCCAGCUGUUGAGUAUGUUGGAAUCACCUGGUCUUGAGAACCUCACGCUUGCUAUUAUUAUUCUUCUCGGUCAACUUGGGAGGCUUGGAGUUGAUGCUGUUGGAUAUGAAGAUAAAGAGGUUGAAAACUUGAGGGUUAAGCUGUCUGCUUUUCUGUUUCGGGAGACUACUAUUAGAGCAGGUCUUCCUAUCCAGCUUGCGACUGUUAGUGCUUUGCUUGGGCUUAUAUCCCUUGAUAUUGAGAAAGUUAUUCAGAAGAAUGUUACGCUUCCAGUCAUGUCAGGUCAAUUUGUUCAUGCAGAUCUUAUAAGAAACUGGUUUCCUUUGUUGACUGAAGAGCAACGAGCAAUGUCUAUUAGACUCUUCCAGUCUGUUGACUGAGAUAGUUGCAUCAUCAGCUUGCUGUGAAAUUCGAGUUGCAAUAUUUUUAAAUUAGGAUACAUGUAAGGAAUUUUGGUAGAGCUUUAUCAUAUGAGCAAUUAAAAGUAGUUUCUCCAGACUGGUAGGUUUUGGGACAUGAACACCUUUUUGUUUCCGUUUCAUGUUACCCCAGUCUGUGACUGCAUAGUGUUGGGGCACAACUGUAUCCUAUUGCUGUUGUCUGUACAAACAUUAAUUUUUUAUAUUAUUUUGAUUUGUUCAAAGAAAUUAUGGAAAUUCAAACUUUCCAACUUGAAUUUCGUUUU